AUGGAGAUCAUCGGCCCCAGUACCUCGGUACGUGAGGGCGACGUUGCUGUGAUUGAAUGCGUGGCUUAUGGCAGCAAGCCGGCGGCGGAGAUUGUCUGGCGCAACGGCUCGAAGAUAAUUGAUGACCGGUCGCUGCGCAGCACCGAGGAGCAGCCCAACGUGGACGGCAUCACGGUGAACACGCGCUCGAAGCUGCGCAUUGUCGUCUCCCACCAGGACCACCUGAAGCCGAUCACCUGUGAGGCGGCCAACGUGGCCAUGCGCACGCCCAUCAAUAAAUCAACCGAGAUUUCGGUCCUCUUCGCCCCCAUCGUGGUGAUGGAGCCCCGUGCCGGCCUGGUGGUCAACGAGUCGGAGCCGAUGGUCAGCAUCUACUGCACCUACACGGCCAACCCAGCCGGCCUGCUCGAAAACGAGACCGUCUGGUUCAAGGACGGCCGCGUUCUGGACACCUCCACUGGAGUGCCCGGCCACUUCAGCACCAGCGUCGCCAGCUACCCCAUUCUGACGAUACGGAAUGUGGGCCGGGCGGACAGCGGCCACUACUACUGCUCGACGGCCAACCAGCUGGGCGCCGGAGUGCCCGACUCGGCUGUCUUCCUCAACGUCCUCUACGCGCCCACCGCCCGGCUGACGGUGGUCCCGGACCCUUCCGGCUCGGUGGACCCGAACCUCAUCAAGGAGGGCAUUGAGCUGCGCAUGGUCUGCGAGGUGGUGGAGGGCAACCCGCGGAAUGCGACGCGGAUGCGAUGGCUGAAGGACGGGGCGCUGAUGAGCGAGCUGGAGGGCGAGACGGCGGAGCGGGCGAAGACGCUGACGCAGAAUGGGAUCACACGGGAGCUGACGGGGAACUACAGCUGCGUGGCUGUCAGUGAGGCGGGCGCCAGUCGGCCGAGCAACAGCGUGCCGGUGGUGGUCCGGUACCCGCCCGGCAAGGCGCUGGUCCGCCUCCUCAACGAGCCCUAUCCCGUCAAGGGCGAGAACCUCAGCCUGGAGUGCAUCGUGGGGGACCGGGGCAGGCCCAGCGAGGCGACCGAGUACCACUGGGUCAACGCCGACGGGCAGACCUUUGAGAGUCGCGGACCGGUGCUGCGGAUCAACGGGCUGCGGCUGGUCAAUCGGGGAAACAUUAGCUGUGCCGCCGUCAACGAGGUCGGCUUUGGGCCGGCCGGUGUCUUUGAGCUGAUUCCCUAUGCGCCGCCGAGGUUCAUCAAUCCACUGCCGGCGACGAUUGGGGUGAAUGAGAAUUUGGAGAAGAAUGGCCAAGGUGGAGGUACUUCAGCAGCGGAAAGUCAGCGAAGUCAGUCGACCGAUGAGGAGCACUACCGCUACGAUGUCUUGCCGCCGGAAGGUCCUGAAGGGGUUUCAAAUGGACCUCACAAAAACGGCGGAAAAUCCUCCUCCUCGACGAUGUCCGUCUACUGCCGCGUGGAGUGCUACCCUCUCUGCAGCAUCACCUGGUACCGGAAUGAAGUGCCGGUGGAGAACGGCACCGACGGCCACCUGGUGGUGACCACCGUCCAGCCGGAGGAGUUCCUCCUCAACCGCUUUCCCAGCGUCCUCUCCACGCUCACCUGGAACAUUACCGCCUCUUCGGGAUCAUCUUCAAGUGGAAAUAGUGGGCGUCAUUUGGACCGCGUCCGCGACAGCGGCACCAUCUACAGCUGCGUCUCCAGCGAGAACAUGGUGGGGCCGUCGGUGCGCUCGGACACUCGCUUUCAAGUCGAAU